AUGGUCCACGGACACAGUCACGACGGAGCUCCGUGCUCUGGACACCAUGGAGAGGAGGGUGGUUCGCGUCCGGCGCCAACUCAUGUGGACAUGCAAGCGGUCAUGGAGCAGCUCCGCGCCGCCGGUGUCGACGUCUCAAGCUUGCCGAAUAUUCCAACGGCGCCGCGCGACGUCGAAGAGGCUCGUAACAAGAGUUUCCAGUUCUGGAGCACUCAACCAGUGCCACAAAUGGACGAACUCGUGCCAGCCGAUGUGAACUGCGCCAUCGAGGAGAACAUUCCAUUGGAUAAGGUUCGCGCCGAGCCAUUCACCCUGCCAACUGGUUUCCGUUGGGCCAACGUCGAUUUGAAUGAUAAGGAGCAGUUGGAUGAGCUCUACAAUCUCCUGACCAAGAACUACGUUGAAGACGACGACUCGAUGUUCCGUUUCGAUUAUUCGGCGGAAUUCCUGAAGUGGGCUCUUCAAGUACCCGGAUAUCGUCCAGAAUGGCACUGUGGAGUACGUGCCGAUGGAUCGAAUCGUCUUCUCGCGUUCAUUGGAGCCGUCCCACAGACUGUUCGGGUCUAUGAUAAGACCGUUCCGAUGGUGGAGAUCAAUUUCCUGUGUGUCCAUAAGAAUCUUCGUUCGAGACGCGUCGCACCGGUUCUUAUCCGAGAAAUCACUCGUCGUGUCAAUAUCACUGGAAUCUUCCAAGCCGCGUUCACCGCUGGAAUCGUCAUCCCCAAGCCCGUCUCCGUGUGCCGUUACUAUCACCGCUCUCUCAACCCAAGAAAGCUGAUCGAUGUCCGUUUCUCGCAUCUGUCCGCCAAAAUGACAAUGGCCCGUACCAUCAAACUGUACAAAUUGCCAGAUGAGCCGGCUACUCGAACGCUCCGUGAAAUGAAAGAAUCCGAUGUUGGACAGGUGUUCAAGCUGCUCACCACCAGUCUGAAACAGUACUCGUUGGCACCGGUCUACAAGGAUGAGGAGGAGAUGGCGCACGCGUUGUUGCCGCGGAAGAAUGUUGUGUAUUCGUAUGUUGCUCAGAAUCUCAAUGGAAAAAUCACUGAUCUCGUGUCCUUCUACUCGCUUCCAUCCUCCGUUAUGGGUAAUGCCAAUCACAAGACCAUCUUCGCCGCCUAUCUCUACUACUACGUCGCUGGAUCUGUCUCCGUGAAGCAGCUGAUCAACGACGCGUUGAUUCUGGCCAACAAGGAGAAGUUUGACGUCUUCAACGCGCUCGAUUUGAUGCACAACGAGAAGAUUUUCUCGGAUUUGAAGUUUGGAAAGGGAGACGGAAAUCUACAGUACUACCUGUACAAUUGGAAGUGCGCCGACAUGAAACCCAGCCAGAUUGGACUUGUUCUUCAAUAA